ACAGGUAAAGCGCCUCGGGACUGCACAGGAGCCCCCCACCCCCGGCGGUAACUGAGUCGAUUUGUGUUCGGAGCCCAGUGAUGUGGUUUCGUGUGUGUGGGGGAGGAUAGCAGCAGCAGCAGCAGCAGCAGCGGCGGCGGCAGCUACCAGCCAGAUAAACACUCAGCAUUGGUUUGCAGAGCAGGAGUAACAUGGCGGCACAGUUAGCCAGCAGAAAUGUUGUUUCACUACCGCGAAGGUCAGAGCUGGCUGGGAUAAACAGGAUUUAACAGUGAGGACUCGGCGGAAAGUUUCAAAUCCAGGUAGACGAGAGCGAUGCGUAAAAGUUUCCAGGCUUCAUCAUCUUGCAGCAAUGGCCUGAGAGACUCUCUGGACUAAGACCACGACGCUGAUAUGCAUUGAUGAUGAGUGGAGUCGGUGAAAACUCAUCUGACCCUGCGAGGGCAGAAGCACGAAAACGUAAAGAAUGCUCUGCCGAACUCAUAGGACCCAGUCCCAAGCGGAGCAACGAGAAACGCAACCGCGAGCACGAGAACAAGUAUAUUGAAGAGCUGGCAGAGCUGAUCUUCGCCAACUUCAACGACAUCGACAACUUCAACGUCAAACCUGACAAAUGUGCAAUCCUGAAGGAAACUGUGAAGCAGAUCAGGCAAAUAAAGGAGCAAGAAAAGGCUGCAGCAGCAAACGAGGAGGAGGUGCAGAAGGCUGAUGUCUCAUCAACAGGCCAAAGUGUGAUUGACAAAGAUGCCUUGGGACCAAUGAUGCUGGAGGCCCUCGACGGUUUCUUCUUCGUGGUGAACAUGGAGGGCAACAUCGUGUUCGUGUCUGAGAACGUGACCCAGUACCUGCGCUACAACCAGGAGGAGCUGAUGAACACCAGCGUGUACAGCGUGCUGCACGUCGGAGAUCACGCCGAGUUCAUCAAGAACCUGCUGCCUAAAUCCCUCGUCAAUGGCGUCCCAUGGUCCAGCGAGGGUCCAAGGAGGAACAGCCACACGUUUAACUGCCGAAUGCUGGUGAACCCGCACAGCGAGAACCAGGACGAGUCGCACGAGCCCCAGCAGCAGAAAUAUGAGACCAUGCAGUGUUUUGCAGUGUCAGAACCCAAGUCCAUCAAGGAGGAAGGAGACGACUUCCAGUCGUGCUUGAUCUGCGUGGCUCGGAGGGUGCCCACAAAGGAAAGGCCCAUGCUUCCCACACAUGAGAGCUUCACCACUCGCCAGGACCUGCAAGGCAAGAUUACGUCGCUGGACACGAGUCUACUGCGAGCGUCCAUGAAGCCGGGCUGGGAGGAUCUAGUAAGGCGCUGCAUCCAGAGGUUCCAUCUACAGAACGAUGGGGAAAUGUCUUUUGCCAAGAGACACCAGCAAGAAGUUCUCCGCCACGGUCAAGCGUUCAGUCCAAUCUACCGGUUCUCCCUCUCUGAUGGAACCAUCGUUUCUGCCCACACCAAGAGUAAACUGGUGCGCUCAUCUGCCACUAACGAACCUCAGCUCUACAUGUCCCUGCACCUCCUACAGAGAGAGCACCCGGUGUGUGGAAUGGGUCAGGACGUAGGUGGACAGGAAACGGGGAUGACCCCCAAACCGAUGAACCCCACCACACCCUCCAUGACUCCACCGACCCCUUGCAGUUUGCCCGGUUUGGGGCUUCAGGGCCAAGACACUACGAUCAGCAGCAACCUGAGACCUUUCUCUCCUCCGGGCCCAGCUGGCCCGGAGGAGAGAAAGCCAGCAGCCAUGGGGGGCCACAUGCAGGGCUACCGCUACGGCUGCCCCCCUCCGCACCCUAACUACACCGGGGGCAUGCAGCCGCCACAGCAGGGCCCCAACUGGAGGAUGAACAGCCCCUCUCGUGCCAGCCCGAGUCCAGCUGGGGGGCCCCACCCGCCUCAGCAGAACUCUAUGCUGUCACCAAGGCACCGGGGCAGCCCAGGGGGCGCGGGGAGCCCCCGUGUAGCCGGGGGCCUGCAGUCGCCCUCUCCUGUCGGAAUGUGCGGCAGCGGCCCUGGAAGUGCGGGAAGCACCCAUUCUAACAGCUACACUAGCAGCUCUCUGUCUGCUCUCCAGGCCCUCAGUGAGUGCCACGGCGUGGGGCACGGGCCCUCGCAUGCACACACACUGGGCUCCCCCGACCGGAAGAUGGGUUCCCCCGCUGGGGUCACGCCAGGGUCAGGGGUUAACCCUCACAUGAUGUCUAAAUUUGGAGGAAACCCAAGCAUCGCAGGUGGAGCAGGAGACUUCGGCACUCAUUCAGAGGUGAAUCAGGGACACGCUCAGGCCGAGGGCAACCAAACGGAGCCUAAGGAGGAGAGGGAGGGGUCCCUGGACGGUCACGACGGUCACGACGCUCACAGCCGCCUCCAUGACAACAAGGGGAACACCAAGUUACUGCAGCUGCUCACGACUAAGCCGGAGCCCCUGGAGACUCCCCUGUCACCGGGCGGUGGAGGGGAGGGAAAGGACCAGGCCGGCGCUGGGGCCCGAGGCGCCCACGCGGUCGGGAGCACUCACGCCACCUCACUCAAAGAAAAACACAAAAUCCUCCACCAACUGCUCCAGAACAGUACAUCCCCUGUAGAUCUGGCCAAGCUCACCGCUGAGGCUACAGGAAAGGAGCUGGGCCAGGACCAAUCACAAGGUGCUGGGAACCCGUCGUCGGGGGCAGAAAUCACUCCCAAGCAGGAGCCGUUGAGCCCCAAGAAGAAGGACAAUGCACUGCUGCGCUAUCUACUGGAUAAGGAUGACACUGUAAUGAAGGACAAGGUCUCUAAGCUGGAGCCCGGGGAGGUGAAGGUCAAGGAACACCCCCAGGUCAAGGUGGAGAAGCAGGAUACUGGAUACGAUCGGGCCGAGCAGUCAUCGGAGCUUGACGACAUCCUGAAUGACCUGCACAGCUCUCAGUCGCAGCUCUUCUGUGAGCAGCGGCCAGUUUCGCUGCCCAGUCCCAUGGACAAACAGAACAUCUUUAAUGACAUCCUGCAGAUGUCAGAGAACAACGCCGCCAUGGCGGCGCAGCAGCAAUCCAGAGGCCUCGGACCCGGCAUGGGUCAAACUAACUUUGGCGCUAUCCGACCAGGGCAGCCAGGCAGGGCAUUACCAGUGAGGAGUGUCUCUCUGGACAUGAAUGUCCCCUCACAGCAGCCAUCAUUGCAGUACCCGAUACGGGCCAACAGCCCAUACCCUGUAAUGCAACAGCAGCAAGGCAUGUUAGGAGGUCAUGGCAUGAUGCCCAGCCAGCCUGGUAUGGGCAAUGCAGGGUUGAUGACACAAGGUGGUCCGCGGCCAGCCAUGCAGCAGCAGCAGUCGGAGGGAUGGACCGGUCCAGCUUCUGCACCUCCUAUUGGAGCUUCUGCUCCGGGACAACAAGGAGGCAUGCAGGGUAGGAUGGUGCCCGGCACCGCUCCGAUGAGACCCAACAGCCAGCCAGGACCCCGGCCGAUGCUGCAGUCUCCAAUAAUGACUAAUGCCCAAGUUGAUAUGGAUAUUAAUAUGGUCGGCCACCAUUUCUCCCAGCAGCAGGCUCCGCCCAAUCAGACAGCUCCCUGGCCGGACAGCAUGAUGCCAAUCGAUCAGACACCUUUUGUAAACCAGAACAGACCUGCACAGCAGGACGAUCUCCUCUGCAAUCCGAGUCUUGAUCAAGGGAGCGCAGUAGAUGAAGGGGCCUUGAUGUCCCAGCUGUACUCGGCGCUAAAAGAUUUUGAUGGUUUAGAAGAGAUCGAUCGAGCUCUCGGCAUCCCCGCCCUGGUAGAACAGAGCCAGUCACUGGAACCAGACCAGUUCCCCCAGGACCCCACCAUCAUGUUGGACCAGAAGCCCCCAAUGUACGCGCAGCAAUUCGCCCCGCCGCCCUCUCACAUGGUGCCGAGGGGCUUUCCCGGCCCUCCCAUGCAGGAGCCCGGCUUUCACCCGAUGGCCGGCCAGAUGGGCCCCCGGCCUGGCUACCCUAUGAUGAGAAUGCGGCCUGGACUCAGGCCGGGCGGGGUCGCCCCGAACCAGCCCAACGCACUACGGCUGCAACUCCAGCACCGGCUUCAGUCGCAACAGCAGAAAAGUCAACCAAUGAUGACUCAGAUGACUGGCGUGUCAAAUGUGAACCUACCUCUAAGAGCCAGUGCCCCAAGCCAGGGAAACAUCAAUGCUCACAUGUUGGCGCAGCGUCAGCGGGAGAUGCUCAGUAACCACUUGAGGCAGCGACAGCAGCAGCAGCAGCAGCAGCAACAACACGUUCAGCAGCAGGCCCAGCAGGUCCAGCAGCAGCGCAGCAUAGCCAUGAGGGCCCAGGGCCUCAGCCUGCCUCCCAACAUGGCCGGAGGCAUGAGCAACCCCAGGAACCCCCAGGCCGCCCCCCAGCAGUUCCCUUACCCGCCCAGCUACGGUAUGAGCCAACAGGCAGACGGGAGUUUUCCCGGAGCCAGCACGCCGCAGAGCCCGCUGCUUUCCCCCCGCAUGGCGCACACGCAGUCCCCCAUGAUGCAGCAGGGCCAGCAGAAUGCCGCUUUCCAGGGUUCCCCUGACAUGAACGGAUGGCCACAGGGUAAUAUGGGAGGCAACAGCAUGUUCUCGCAGCAGCAGGCGUCGCCGCAGUUCACUCAACAGAACAGCGGCAACAUUUACAACGGCAACAGCCUGGGCCUCAGCAACCAGCUGAGCAGCCAGAUGAGCGUCACAUCCAUGGCGUCGGGGUCCUCACCCGGUUUGCCCUCCAUGGGACAAGAACAGAAAUUCUGUUGACCCCUUUGAAGCUUCUUAACACGAACCUCAGCGAUCAGCUGGUGCAGGGAGCGCGUCGGCCCUUUAAGAAUCAAAAACACAAACUCGUAAGUAACCGACGGCCCCUUGGACCAGCCGGGCCGUGUCCUGAGCCCCUUGUCCCUUCCCCGCUCACUCCCUUUUCACCCCAACUGACCCGUUGGGCCCCGGACUGACACAGGAGUGAGCAGAAGGCCAGCCUACCUGCCCGUCCAGCCGCAUUCACCGUCGUGUGACUUACUGUAGGGCCCUCCUGGUGGGAUACACUGACUUCAGGGAGCAGAGGGGGCAUCAGUGGAUGUGUUGAAUGUAUUCCUCUCAGCGGACAGCGGCCAUCUACAAUCUCAUCUCAGAGAAGAACCGAGUCGUUCUCUCUUCACUCAUUUGGGACUUUUCCUCAUGGGUUUCAAACGGCAGCAGAGACUCCCAGGUCAUGUUCACAAGUACGAACGGAGCUCAGUCAGUUUUUUGCCUUUUUGCUGUAUUUUAUUUUAUUAUUUUAUUUGUAUUUUUUUUCUUGUUAUGAAAAUUAAUAUGUAGAUUGAAGACGGGGCGGGGCGGGGGACUGAUCUGGAUAAACACUGCAGAAAAAUGAUUUGAGUGGAAUUCUAUUAUUAGAAUAAUUUAGUCAAGAGGUUUAUAUAGUGUAUUAAAUUAAGUUUUAUUUUUCUGUAUAGAUUCAUUUUAAUUAUUGUAGAUGAUUCUUUAUCCUUGUAGCAAGAAGAUUCCUAAAAGUGUGAAAGAGGCACUUUUUAUCGUUUUUAACAGUAAUGGUUAAGAAGAUUCUUCUAAUCACCUGAAUUAUAGAUUAUAAUCUUGGUCCAGCUGUUUCAGAAGAUGUCAAAAUCAAAUAUGGUUCAAAAUGAAUUGUACAUACCGAUGAGUAAAAAAAACUUUUCUUUCCUAUUUAUUUUAUUCCUUACUGGUCACUACUGCCUCUCUUAAAGCAGAGCAGUUAUAUGUGCUUUUUUUUUGUUAUUGUUGUUCUGUGAAGUCCUGACAUUCUGAUGUUCUGGUACGACUCGGACUGGGGGUGCAGGUUGUUCUUAGUGGGUGUGCUGUGUAUACAGUGUACAGAUUAUGGCUUGCUUUUCUGCCUUUUAGCAUAGAACACAAAAAAGUGGGAAAAAAUAAAUAAAUUAAAAAAUCCUCACAGCCAUACAUUAACUCAAAAUUAUAAAGAAAAAAAAAAGUGUGCUUUCUUUGUCGUCUGGAGUGAAAACUGCUUCGUUCAAGCUGCUAGGUGCAAACUGUUCGGGUGUGAUGUAAACAAGCAAUAAUUACUUGAGAAUCCUUUUCUGUUUGUUUGUUUUUGUAAUUUUUGUACAGUUUCCUGAAUUUAGAAAGGAAAAAAAAAAAACAAACGUUUUUGCUCUGCGUUUGGAUGCAGUAUUAAACGCCGUUUUCUAUUGCAGUUUGUACCAAGAAAAAGUCAACAUCCACACACACACACACACACACACGCCAACACACACAGCGUUCUUGAUAAAUUAUGCAGCCAUCUGAGGGGGGCAGGAGGAGCUGCAGAGGGGAGGUAGUUUAUUCCCCCCUCGUGAUCGAAAUGAGCCCUCUCUUCCUCCAGCCUUUUCUUCUAUUGCAGAGGUCAGAGUUAAGACUGCACCUGCUCUGACAGACACUUAGCCAUAUUUUAUGACCUCAGGCAAUUAAAGUAUAAAAGUGUUCGCUGAUGACAUGCUGAUCUAUUUCCCCAGAAGGGAAUUGAGAUCCGAAGCUAAUCAUCCUCUCUAACCUCAAGAAAGAAAAAGAAAAAAAAAAAAAGCAACUUUUAUAUAAACUAUUUUACCCAGGAAAGACUUUGAUCAAGCCAAAUGAUUCCUCACAUUUCAAUUGGAUUUCUUUCACCUCUUAGUUAACCAGCCCACACAGAAACAAAAAAAAACAUAAGACAGAAAAUUCCUAAAGAUGUCACUGAGCAGGAUCUAAAUGCAGAUGUUCGUCAUAAACCAGAUUCACUCUGAAUGUAUUGUCAUUGAAGACCUAUUGUUCUUUCUUUCCUAACUUGUCGUUGUUGUCACACCAUGGUCUUUUCUGCAUUUCUUUUUUUUUUCCCUUCUCGUUUCAAAAUCUAAUUCGAAAUCUUGGUCGAAUUACCAAGAUUUCGACCAAAUCUUGGUAAGUUGGUAGGUGUAGGUGCAGCCUCUACACCUGAGCGUGUAAGCGUAGAAGCUGCACACUCACUCUGCUCGCCCUGUGGUUGGUGGCCGUGACUCUACAGGAGAUCAUACUUUGUUUUUCUUCCCCAUUAAAUGCUGUUCUGAUUGUAAAAUCCACCCAUGCAGAAUAAAGCCUUUAAAAGCCAUUUUCUCAAAUAGGCUUUUAAAAGGAUUCAGAGCCCUUUGCAAAUUUCCAAAGAUUGUCAGCGUUUUGAAAAGAACUUAAAGCCAUGUGGUAGCAGUGCUUUUUUUUUUUUUUUUUUUUUUUAAGAAUUUCUUAAAGAAAAAAGAAAUUCUUAUUCAGACUUUGGACCCACGUAACUACACACUAUAUUUUCUUCUCUUUAACCUUUGCUUUUGCAGAACUUUAAAUACCCUUUUUGUAUCGUCUGCUGGUUUCUUAGAGCUAAGAUGCAAACCUUUGAAAUGCUAAACACCCUAGCAUAUUGCCUUAGAUUUCGUCCUGUUCUUGUAAAUUACACUGCUGUCUGUAUAAAUUUGUAUAAUGACUGGUUGUACAGUAUUUGAAUGGGCGCACCACUAUUCACCUCUCCUCCGCUGCUGAAAACUGGGUCACUCCGCUCCCCACACAACCACGAUCAUUGUUCUUCUAAGUUGGGAUGGGCUCGUCCUCUCCUCACUGUCGUAUGGAAAAGAUGAUACACAGAGAUACUGAAGCAAUAUGUACUAUACAUGAUUCUUCUGAAGAAAGAUCACUGUUGUUUUGUUUUCUUUUUUUUCUUUUUUAUCGUUUUGUUUCUCUGCGUCGUCCGCGAGUCGCACUGUAUACCUGCAUCCAUCUGACCUUUGUUACCCCACGGUUGUGUUUGUGUGUGAGCAUGUGUGUGGGUGCGUGCGUGCGCGUGUGAGUGUUUUAUGCAAAAUUAGAUAUAUAAGAGAAGGUAAAACCACAGUUAUGCAAGUUGUGAACUAAUAUGGCUUCGCUGAUGCUAUUUGCCUUGUAAAUAAAGAAUUCUGUUAAUGCAUAA